UUAUUGUUGUUGUUAUUGAAAAAUUUGCUUACAAGCGAUUACGAAAUUGCAUUUGAAAUAACUUCAACAGUGAAAGCACAUCAGUUGAAGCGAUUAGUGCAUUUCUUCCAAAUCAAAAUGGCUAUCAACAAGUACUACGUAGUGUUUCUACUGUUGAUCGGUCUCACAUGCACCCACGCUGAUGACAUUGAGAUAUCCGAACAAUAUAUGGAAAUGUUUUCUUCCCGCAAUGAAUUGUUAAACUCCAUAUUUAAUGAGUCCAUUGAAUUGCUCGAGUUUAUUUCUGUAAAAGGUGAUGAAUUAUGCCAGAAAAUAGUCGACGCUGAUGUAUACAAGAAUGUAACAAGUGAGGUACUGGAGAGCCGCGAUAAGGUUUUAAGUAAUUGUAUUCAUCAUGUCAUGGAUAGAUUAGAUCCCACAAAGAGCCGGCUUGGAGAUGGUUUGGAUGAAACUGUAUUGCUUAAAUAUGGAUUUGAGAAUAUACGAAAGGUGGUGGAUCAAAAAUAUGAAGGCUUCUACGUAGAAAUUGUGCGUCGAAUUGAUGAGUAUGUGAAGGGUUUGACUGUGGAGCAGCAAAAGAAACAGACUGCACAAAAUUUGAAAAUGUGGUCAAGCAAAAUUAAGAACGCCCCAACUUUGGCUGCGAAGGAAAUGACCUAUAGAAGGUGCAUGCGUUAUUAUUAUUUUGAAAAUGGUGUUUAGUGUGCGAGUUGUUAAAUGCUUUGAAAUAAUGAAAUAAUAAAGUGAUUGAAAGCCA